UAUCUGUAUAGGUGUUUACGACAAGUAAUGUCUGAAAAAGUGCAGCAGUUUCAAAGUUAUACUGUGGGGGACAAUAUGCCGAUCAAAAAUAAAACUGAAACAGUCGUAGAGAAGAAACGAGGAAUAUACGCCCUUCCACCAUCAGUUCAACUGGUUGUUCUAAUCGUGAUCGUGUUUGCACUCUAUGUAGUGCAUAGUGGUUGCCAGGAAUGGUUGUUCCGAACCGAGAUCAAGGACUAUGGGAUGGUGGUUACUUUGAUGCAGUUUGGUUUCUGUACAAUGUUUGGCAUGGUAGAACAAAAGAUACGAUCCGGGAAAUUAGAAAGAAAAGUCCCCCUUAAAACAUACGCAGGCAUCGCGUUGCUAACCGUUGGUACCAGCGGAUUGUCCAACACCUCACUUGGUAGCUUGAAUUAUCCAACGCAAUUAAUAUUCAAGUCAAGUAAACUUAUUCCUGUCAUGGUGGGUGGGAUCCUAAUACAAGGCAAGAAGUUCUCCAUGUAUGACUUGGUAUCCUGUUUAUUAAUGACAGUUGGCUUAAUCAUGUUCGUCCUCACCGAUCAAAAAGUUUCACCAAACUUUGAAGCAACCGGGAUAAUUCUUAUAUCGCUUGCUUUAUGCUGUGAUGCCGCUAUUGGUAAUAUACAGGAAAUGACGUUCAAACAGUACAAGCCACCUAACGCAGAAAUGGUUCUGUAUUCUUAUGGGAUCGGCUUUAUAGUUUUACUUGUUGGAAAUUCUGCGUUCUCACUUUUACAUGUUGUUGGGAUUAUUGUUUCUAAUGCGCAAAUAAUGGUCGCUCUGUUUUUCUUCUCUUUCUCCGGAUAUGUUGGUCUACAUUUCGUUUUGGAUCUUGUCAAAAUAUUCGGCGCUUUGCUUGCUGUUACUGUCACUACUUGCAGGAAAGCAGUUUCAAUCGUUCUCUCAUUCAUGUUCUUUGCCAAGCCAUUUUCCAUUAUGUACUUAUGGGCCGGAUUGUUGGUUUUACUGGGAAUUUGCAUCAACAUUUACAGCAAAAACAAGGCGAAAAUUAACGAAAAGGUGGCGGCUUUUAUAAAAAGAAAAAAGACAGAAGAAAGUUAAAUUCCUGCUUUUUCUUGGUUGGUUGCCAAUUAUAGUAGAGGGGAAGACGGGACGCUUUUAGCACAUAAUAUUUUAUAAUUCUUUGAUUGUUCUUUGUUUACUACCAAAUGGGACGAAAAAAAUAAAAUGAAAAGGUUUCCUAUCUCCCCCACCCUACUGUAUUUAUUUUCCUCUAAUAGUGAAAACCAGAGUUCGUAUAUAAACAUUUUUUGUAUACCAACUCCGGUAAAAUCUACAUUUCUUUGCUCUUUGAACGUUAUUUAUGUAUAGUAAGUGGGGAAAGUUGGGACAUCUUUAGCACAUAAUAUCCAAAUAUCCUGAUCGUGUUUUAAACAAUUAACAACGGUCUAUGGUAGUCGUGAGGAAACGGUUUUAUAUUUCUUUAAAUGUUCUUUGUUUACUCUUAAACGAGAUAAGAAAUGGUACGAAGUGUCCCUUCUUCCCCCACCCUACUAUAUAUAUAUACUAUCCCGCGUUUUUAGUGUUCUACUUCGCAGUUUGAGAUCCGUAAUCUAAAUACAGACAAAUAAUAAACCGUGUACUUUGAUCAGA